UUGCUUCAUUGUUUCAGUAUCUUCGGCCGUUGUGUUCUCACUUUGAGAGCUUCCCGGACACUCAAGUCUCAAAUAUGCUCAGAAUACACUGCUACUUUCUCAAUAAAACAUGUCUGAGGCGGCUGAUUUUCUGCAGAAUGUACAGUUCAAAUUCAACGCAGAAAGACUCAUCCGACCCAACAAAAAGAAUCUGCAAAAUCAUCAUGUCUUGCCCCAAACUAGGCCUCGACACUGCUCUCGACCAAAGUGGCAUUAGGGUCUCUACAGAUGUAGUCGAAGAAGUCCUCAAGAGAUUCGAGAACGCCGGCAUACUGGCCUACCGGUUCUUCGAGUGGGCCGGGAAGCAACGGCAUUACCAGCACAGCGUCAAGGCUUAUCACACCGCCAUCGAGUCUCUGGCCAAGAUAAGGCAGUACCAGAUCAUGUGGGAUCUUGUAAACUCCAUGAGGGGAGAGAGAAUGCUGAAUAUAGAGACGUUUUGUAUAAUUAUGAGGAAGUAUGCUCGGGCCCAGAAGGUGGAGGAGGCGAUUUACACGUUCAAUGUCAUGGAGAAGUACGACGUCACUCCAAAUUUGGCUGCUUUUAAUGGGUUAUUGAGUGCUUUGUGUAAGUCGAAGAAUGUGAGGAAGGCACAGGAGGUGUUUGAUAAAAUGACGGACCGGUUUGUUCCCGAUUCGAAAACUUAUAGCAUACUGAUUGAAGGGUGGGGGAGGGAACCCAAUUUGCCCAAAGCAAGGGAAAUUUUUAGAGAAAUGGUGGAAGUAGGUUGCAGCCCUGAUAUAGUCACAUAUGGGAUCAUGGUUGAUGUCCUUUGCAAAGUAGGGAGGGUUGAUGAGGCUAUUGCAAUUGUUAAGGAAAUGGAGUCUUGUGGGUGCAGACCGACAUCGUUUAUUUAUACUGUCUUGAUUCAUACUUAUGGUAUCGAUAAUAGGAUUGAAGAUGCUGUGGAUACAUUUCUUCAAAUGGAAAGGAAAGGAGUUACAGCUGAUGUGGCUGUCUAUAAUGCCAUGAUCAGUGCUUUUUGUAAAGUGAAUAAAUCUAAAAAUGCGUAUAGAGUUAUAAAUGAGAUGGAGUCGAAGGGGAUGAAGCCAAAUUCGAGGACUUGCAAUAUUGUUCUAAAUAGCUUGAUAGGUCGUGGAGAGACAGAUGAAGCGUUUAAUGUGUUCUGCAAGAUGGUGAAGCUAUGUGAGCCAGAUGCAGACACAUAUACUAUGAUGAUAAAGAUGUUCUGUGAGAGGGAUGAGCUUGAAAUGGCUCUGAAAGUGUGGAAGUAUAUGAAACGAAAGCAAUUUGUUCCAAGCAUGCAUACUUUUUCUGCUCUCAUUAACGGGUUGUGUGGUAAGGCAGAUGCUCCUAAGGCUUGUGUUUUAAUGGAAGAGAUGAUAGAGAGAGGUAUUCGGCCACCAAGGGUGACAUUUGGAAGACUACGACAAUUGCUUAUUAAGGAAGGAAGAGAAGAUGUUCUUGAAUUUCUUCAUGAGAAAAUGAAUCUUUUGGUCAAGGACCCUUUGUGUGACUGAAAAAAUGUGCCUGACAAGUUAAUUGAAAAGUAAUCAAGGCUCUUGAUCGUGUGGUUCAAGCAAUCAGCAUAUGGCAUUGGGAGUUGGAAUUACUAUUACUGCUGGGGAAAGACCUCGCUUCUCAGGUUCAAAGGAUGAACAUCACACAAUGGAAGGAAAAAUUUCAGAGAAUAGGUGAUCUGGUGAAUGGAGCUCGACUUUUGAAGCUUUAGAGAGUGCAAUGAUGCUGCUGAUAUUGUGAUUCAGUAUUCUUUAAUUGCAAAGUCGUAUCAGGCACUCCUUUCAAAUUCAAAUGACCCUUCUUUCCCUUUAGACAAAUCUCCUGUGGAAAUAACUGAGCUCUUGUCCCUUAAUUGCCUAGUUGCCAUGUUUUACUGUUUCAACAUUUUGCCAUGGCCAUGGAUAGGCUUCCAAGUUUUCUCGGAUCCAAUUUUUGGAGGCUGCCUUAUCUCCCUAAAAUUUCUAUGGCUUAACCAUCUUCCCAAUAUCCUAAAAGAAUGCUUGAACCGAGGGAGCAGAUGCACGAUAGCGGCAUGAUGAUCUCCUCCAUCCUGUGAUUUAUUGCUGCAUUGACAGAAAGGCAAAGGAUUACCACAGCUUGCUAGAGAUAUGAAAAUGGAGCAAUGGUGGGAGACUUUGACUGAUGCUCUGUUGAGAUCCAGCUGAUGAUGCUUCAGGUAAGAGCUGCAUGAUGGUGGACACUUGACGUGGGUUGGGAAAUUAUUCUGGCAUUCUGCUCAAUAUUUUUGGACCAAAUGCAAAUAUUGCAAAAUUUACCUAUUUAGUUU